AUGGCGGCCAGCAUAAGAAGAAAUGUCUUCAAAACUGCGCAGUUUUUUAAGAAUUGUGUAUUCUGUGGAAGGACGUCAAGUGCUUUUAUGCGACAGAGAUGGUUCUCUAAUGAACAUGCUCAACAGGAUACUACGCAUUUUGGGUAUGAGACGGUAACAGAGGAGGAAAAAACCGAAAAAGUAUAUAAGGUAUUCGAGAAUGUAGCAACAUCAUAUGACCUGAUGAAUGAUGCAAUGAGUUUUGGAAUCCAUAGAAUAUGGAAAGAUAAAUUCAUGAAAGUACUGAACCCACCUCCAGGUACACAGCUCUUGGAUGUCGCAGGAGGAACUGGUGAUAUUGCUUUUAGAUUUUUAAAAUAUGUCAAUAGACAGAGAAGUAGAACUUAUCAACCUUCAAAAGAAAGAGAAUCUUGGGUUACAGUUUGUGACAUYAAUAAAUAUAUGUUGGAAGUUGGAAAACAAAAAGCCAACAAACUGAAUUUUACAUCAGGACUGUCAUGGGUAGCUGGUGAUGCACAGAAUCUUCCUGCAAAAGACAACUCUUUUGAUGCUUAUACAAUUGCCUUUGGCAUUAGAAAUGUUACCAGAAUACAAGAGGCUUUAGAGGAAGCAUAUAGAGUUCUUCGUCCUGGAGGAAGAUUCCUGUGUUUGGAAUUUAGUGAAGUAAAAAACCCAGUAAUUUCAAGGGUUUAUGACAAAUACUCAUUCAAUGCAAUCCCAGUUAUGGGCCAGGUACUGGCAGCAGACUGGAAGUCAUACCAAUAUUUAGUGGAAAGCAUUCGACAGUUUCCAAACCAGGAAGAGUUUGCUGGAAUGAUAGAAGAUGCUGGAUUUAGAAGUGUCACCUAUGAAAACUUAAAUAUUGGUGUUGCAGCUAUUCACUCAGGGUUCAAGCUGUAAAUUUAUUAGAUUCCUUGCUUGUUUUUGAACGGAAAGUAAUGCAAGCAAUUUCAAUAAGAUAAUAAAUAUAUGAAAAUCUCAAUGUAAGCAACAGUGCAAUGGAAUGAGAUUUUUAAAAUGAAAAUGCAAGCCAAUGACUGUAUGAAGUUUYAUUUUAUGCAGUUUUCUGUAUAAACCUUAAAUAAAAAAAUGAAAUAAAUCUUUUUUACUAUCAUUUUUGUCAGGGUAUGGUGGUCCUUUCAAAGUCAAGUUGUAGCUAAGUGACAUCAUACCACUAUGUAAUAACUUGUGCAAUGAAAAUAUUGUCUAGA